CCCAAUACUACAUCAGCCCACCGCAUAUCCGAUUUGGUAGCCGCUCAUCCAAAGGUAGCGAAAACAUCAAUGGCGCUGCUGCAACUGUCGAAGCUGCCGUUAUUUCGCCGGUGUGAUGGAGCCUCCUUCUUCUUCUCCAAACAGAGUUACCAUCCAAUGAAUGCACACAAAACUUGUCCGAUACGAAGCUUCGCCACUCUAAAAUCAGGAAAAGUUUUACCAGUAAACAAGAAGAAGAGAUUGGAUGAAGUAUGUCUCGAGAAGUUUCAGCAAUAUAGUCGAAAUUACAUUCAAUCGUGGAUCAUACAAGGUAAGGUGAUUGUUAAUGGGAAAGUUGUAACUAAAGCUGGACACCAGGUCUCUGACAAAGCCAUUGUAGAGAUCAAGGCUGAAAUACCAAAAUAUGUAUGUAGAGCAGGACAUAAAUUAGAAGCUGCCAUUGAACAAUUAGGUGUUGAUGUUACUGGAAAAGUGGCACUUGACGCAGGGCUGUCAACCGGAGGGUUUACUGAUUGUUUGCUUCAGUAUGGUGCUUCUUUUGUUUAUGGUGUUGAUGUAGGUUAUGGACAGGUGGCAGAUAAAAUUCGUCGAGAUGAACGUGUAUCUGUUAUCGAGAGGACCAAUUUGAGAUAUCUUACUGAGCUUCCUCAGAAAGUUGACUUGGUGACUUUGGAUCUUUCAUUCAUCUCUAUACUUGUAGUCAUGCCUGCUGUUGUUAACCUGAUGAAAGAAGAAGCUACACUGAUUACAUUAAUUAAACCUCAAUUCGAGGCUCGUAGAUCACAAGUAGGAGGAGGUGGGAUUGUUAGAGAUCCCUUGGUUCAUCAAGAGGUGCGGGAGAAGAUUGUGAAGGGUGUAGAAGAUCUUGGUUUCCAAUGCAAUGGUUGGAUAGAGUCUCCUUUAAAGGGUGCUGAAGGAAACAUUGAAUUCUUGGCUUGUUUUACCAGAACCACCACCAAUUCACCAGUGACAACAGAGUAGUAGACUACUUAUCCCCUCCCGGGGGUGCAAAACUAUAGUGUUUUAAGUUUCACUUUUGCUGUACGUGUCUCCUGGAAAUAGUAACAGUCACUGUUGAAUUAUUUUUGGCUUUUGUUGAAUUUUUGGUGACGCUAGUAAGUAGAGUAGAGAUGGGCAAAAUGAGCAGUUCAGACAGACAGGACGGGUAUUGAGUCAAAAUUUAUAAUCUUUUAGUACGUCCCCGGUUAACCAUUUUAUGUCCAAGCUUUUAUAUAUAUAUUUAGAUUAGAUAUGACAUUUGUUGUUCAA